ACAACCUUUGGGUUACGAGUCCGACUCUCUAACCAUUAGGCCAUAGAGUUAUUAAUGGAGUAGAUAGUUAUUAAUAGAGUUAGCGUUAUGAAUGGAGUAGAUAGAGUUAUUAAUAGAGUUAGCGUUAUGAAUGGAGUAGAUAGAGUUAUUAAUAGAGUUAGCGUUAUGAAUGGAGUAGAUAGAGUUAUUAAUAGAGUUAGCGUUAUGAAUGGAGUAGAUAGAGUUAUUAAUAGAGUUAGCGUUAUGAAUGGAGUAGAUAGAGUUAUUAAUAGAGUUAGCGUUAUGAAUGGAGUAGAUAGAGUUAUUAAUAGAGUUAGCGUUAUGAAUGGAGUAGAUAGAGUUAUUAAUAGAGUUAGCGUUAUGAAUGGAGGUAGAUAGUGUUAUUAAUGUAACUUACUCUAUCUUUGGGCAGCAGACAUGGCUGGGAGCACUUUCCCGGUGUACAAGGUGGAUGCCAUCGUGCAGUUCUACCGAACCGAGGUUCUGACUGGACAAGAGGCUAAGCUUUUCAGCAAGAGUGAUAUUACUCCCAGCCCGAAGGCAGAAUCCGUUCAAAGAGUCUUCAUGAGGGUUUUGCAGCUCUUUCGUUUCAAGCCUGAGUGCCAUUACGUGAUGCCCUUGUCUGGAAACGUCCAGCACCCCGUGCUUUAUGAGUGGCUUACACCAAUCAUGAGUGUUUACAUACGCAUGUGCGAGCUCUUACCGUUUUGUCAUGUAUUUGAUUUUUGGCUGCAUGACUUGAUCAACCCCAAGAGCAAGCGAACGAUCAUCAUACUGAGUGCAAUCCAAAAUUACCUGCACUUCAGAAAGCAGAGGAUGGAAAUUAUUGCUGACGACCAGCAAAGUUUUCGGUCUUAUAAGGACCGAGUCAAGGCAUACACAAGAGAAAUAAAGGAAGCUGAGAAAAAAAGUGAGAAACUGACCACCAUACCGCCGGAGCAGCAAGCAGAGGAUAAAGAGCUGGACGCCGCUGUGGCAGAGCUGAAAGCUAGCGUGCAGCACCAGUACCAGGAUGUGAACGCAGUGAAUGAAACGGUUUCACAGUGCAAGACUGAAAUUGCUGAGAUGUCACAGAAACUGACUCAAAGGUAUGUGGGUUUGGCCACACUGAAGGAUGAGCUGGUCAGUCUCAAGUCUCACAUUGUGGAGUCACCCGAAGAACUAAGAAAUGAGAUGGAAAGGAUGAAAGAGAACGUGAAGAACAUUAGGAUGUCAAAAGAGCUGCUUGACGAAAGGCUGGUGGAAACACAGAUGCUGGUGCAGCGUGUAAAUCAGUUGGAGGCAGAAAUCCAGGUCUUCCUCAAGCAGCUGCAGGACUUACAGAGCAGCAUGUGCGAGACCUACCAGCAAAAAGAGGAGGCCCGGAGCUUAGCAGCCAUGAAUGAAACCCUGCAGAAAGAGCUGAAGAGCCUGAGCAAUGAAGAAGGCCAGCUGAAGAGGGCACUUGCCAUGAAACUUGACAAGGAGUCUAAACAACAGAUCCGUCGACAGAAGAAAAGAGAGGUGAAAGACCAGCAAGUCAGAAAUAUUUAUGGGCAAUAUGACAAAAUCCACCAGAAGCGGGAGGAAAUUGUGAAAAUGAUAGAAGAAAACAACCGUGAAACUAAAAAGUUGAGGGAGAAGAUGCAGGAGCUUGGAGAAAAGUGCAACCGGCAAACUCAAAAAGCCCAGGAAUUCUAUGAACAUCUUCUCACAACUGUGGAGCAUUACGACAAGCGGAUUGAGAGCAUUGUGGUGGAGACCAAUGCAGACACUUUAAAAAUGAAAUCACAUUUCUAGAAUUUCUAUUUUAUGCUCUUCACUGUUACUUCAAAUUGCUGCAUUUGUACGCUGUCUGUUGUUUUGUCAUUUCUAAAUGUAUUUUUCCACAAUAAAA